UCCUCUCCUCUUCUGUCAUCCAGUGAUCUCCCCGUUCUCCUUACCGAUCGUUGUGAUCUCCGCGCAUCCCUCUGUGGAAUGCAAUCCUUGUUCCGGAGAAAUGGCAGUUCAAUCUGAUUUCUGCGUCUAUCAUGAUCACUUCUUAAUAGGAACUCCCGUCGCCAAGGGCAAAAUAGGUGAACAAUGCUAGCUAGAAAACAAAGCGUCCGCGGGGAACCCAUUCUCGCGGACUAUGGACCAGAUGAAAGCCUUAAUGAAAAUGCUGAUAUUGAGUGGGUCAACAAGGUGUGGGUGCGGCGAGUACUUCGUAUGUGUGCGCUGCUUUCCUUGGUUUCAGUCAGCCUCAACACGACCCGAACUUUCGAAAAGCACCCCAUCCUUGUGUACGUUACCUUCUGCUGGGAUAUUUUCGCCACGCUGCUCUUUACCGCCGAGAUGAUCGCCAAGAUGCACAUCCGGGGACUCAUUACCGGCGAGACGCCAUACUUGAAAGACCGCUGGUGUCAAUUUGAUGCAACGAUGGUGUUCUUCCUCUGGAUAUCAGUUAUCCUUCAGGUUUUCGAAAUCACGAAAGUGGUUCCUAAGUUCUCGUACCUGUCGAUCCUGCGUGCCCCACGACCCCUGGUUAUGAUCCGGUUCAUCCGUGUCUUCCUCAAGUUCUCCAUGCCAAAAUCAAGAAUCAAUCAGAUAUUCAAACGUUCGAGCCAGCAGAUCUACAAUGUGACUCUGUUCUUUCUGUUCUUCAUGUCCCUGUACGGCCUGCUAGGUGUUCAGUUCUUUGGCGAGAUGAGCAGCCAUUGUGUUAGAAAUGGAACGAUUGCUGAAAAGGUGACUUUAAACGACCUCGCUGUACCAGACGCGUACUGUUCGAUGGACAAAGAUGCUGGGUAUGAGUGUCCUCAGGGAAUGGUGUGCACGGAACUAAAUCUUCCCAAGAGCAUUUCUGGGUUCAAUGGCUUCGACGAUUUCGCACAUAGUUUUUUCACUGUGUACCAAGCUGCCUCCCCAGAAGGGUGGGCUAUUUUAAUGUACCAGGCCAUGGACAGUCUUCCAGCGUGGAGAGCCACAUUUUAUUUCACGACCAUGAUUUUCUUUCUCGCGUGGCUCGUAAAAAACGUCUUUAUCGCUGUCAUCACAGAGACCUUCAACGAGAUUCGAGUUCAGUUUCAACAGAUGUGGGGCGAGAGAGUACAAAUUCAAACCGAGUCAACUCCUCAGGUGCUGAAGGGAGAUGAUUCGGGUUGGAAACUGGUGACGGUGGACGAGAGCAAGGGUCGUGGCAAAGCGCCGCGUUGCCUGCAAGUGGUCAUCCACUCCGCCGCUUUUCAAGUGAUUGUCAUGAUGGUGAACGUCGCCAACGCCUUCGUGGCCGCCAGCAUCUCAUUCGUGCACGAUGAACGGCCACGGGAAGAUUUUUUCAAGACGUACUACUUCGCGGAGAUCGGCUUCACAAUAUUCUUCGAUCUGGAAGUGUUAGUGAAAAUAUGGUGCCUUGGAUUUCACGGGUAUAUCAAGCGCUCUCUGCACAAGCUUGAGUUCCUGCUCGCCGUAGGGACUACGCUUCAUCUGAUUCCAGAUUUCUUCACGUCAGAGCUCACGUAUUUUCAAGUUCUCAGGAUAGUCCGCCUCAUAAAAGCAUCACCAGUACUCGAAGACUUCGUUUACAAGAUUUUUGGACCCGGGAAAAAGUUAGGAAGCCUGAUUAUAUUCACUAUGUGUUUGCUGUUGAUCACGUCCAGUAUCAGUAUGCAGCUGUUCUGUUGCCUUUCGGACUUCAUGAAGUUUGAGUCCUUUCCGGAGGCAUUUAUGUCAAUGUUUCAAAUUCUAACACAAGAAGGAUGGGUGGAAGUCAUGAACGAAACCAUGCUAAGAACGAGCAAAACGAUUGGCCCCCUUGUAGCCAUCUACUUCAUUUUAUAUCACUUGUUUGUGUCACUGAUUGUCCUCAGCCUCUUCGUUGCUGUCAUCCUGGACAACUUAGAGUUGGACGAAGAUAUUAAAAAAUUGAAACAGCUCAAGGCACGAGAGCAAAGCGCAGGCAUUACAGAGGGGCUUCCUAUUCGCCUGCGCUUUUUUGAAAAGUUUUCUGAUAGCCCACAGAUGACAAGACUUCAUAGAGCACCCUCGGAGUUUGGAGUGCCCAAGGUUCGGGAGAGCUUUAUGCGUCAAUUUGCUGAGGAGUUGCCAGAAGAGUGUCCCGAGCUGAAGAAGGUGGACCUUCCAGACAGUUUGGUGACUUACCGCAAGCGUCCGCCCAUACACCUGCUGUCUUCCCCUAGCAAGGUGCGCAAUGCUGCGAGCCUGCUCAAGAAAGUCAGCGUCACUGGUAUUGUCCUUGACUCAAAUAACCAGCGACUUCUAGAUGGGGAAUCAGGCCCGAUUCCGAAUGUGAAGGGCCAGAAGCAACCGAUGAGACUGGAUCGCAGGUUUUCCCGUUCUCGGAGCAUGCGACGCUCCGUCCGUGGGUCUGUAAAGAUGAAGCAGACCUACGAUCACCUGAAGGAGAAUGGGGACAUGGGUUCCGUAAACGCCGCAACAUCUGGGCGCAGUCUCCACGAUUUUGACAUCAAGAUGCUUCAACAGAAGAGACAACAAGCCGAGAUGAAACGAAACCAAAGAGAAGACGACCUACGGGAGAAUCAUCCAUACUUUGACACACCCCUGUUCGUCGUCGGUCGCGAGAGCAAGUUCCGCAAGAUCUGCCAGACGAUUGUCUAUGCCCGGUACGACCCUCGCUUCCGGGAUCCCAUUACGGGCCAGGAGAGAAAAAUCAAGUACAAAUCUAUGCAUAAUCUGCUUGGCCUGGUGACGUAUCUGGACUGGGUGAUGAUCUUUGUGACCACUCUCUCUUGCGUUUCUAUGAUGAUGGAAACUCCAACACGAAGAGUUAUGAACACACCCAUGCUUCAGAUUGCGGAGUACGUUUUUGUGGUGGCCAUGAGCAUCGAACUCACUUUGAAAACGCUUGCCGAUGGACUCCUUUUCACGCCCAAGGCUCUGAUCAAAGAUGUGGGAGGAAUUGGUGAUGUGUUUAUAUACAUAGUGAGCCUCGUGUUCCUGUGCUGGAUGCCGAGUAAGGUUCCACCGCAGUCCGGCACGCAGCUGCUGAUGCUGCUGCGCUGUGUGCGUCCACUGAGGAUUUUCAGCCUCGUGCCGCACAUGCGCAAGGUCGUCUGUGAGCUCUGUCGCGGCUUCAAGGAGAUAUUAUUGGUGUCCAUUCUAUUGAUUGUUCUGAUGUUCGUAUUCGCUUGCUAUGGGGUGCACUUAUUCGGAGGAAGACUGGCACGCUGCAACGACCCAGAUAUCAAGACAAGAAGGGAAUGCGUUGGAUUCUUCAUGCGCAAGGUCUUUGUUACCAAAAUGAAGCUCCAGCCUGCAGAAAAUGACACCUACCCUGUAAUCCUGGUGCCUCGUGUUUGGGCAAACCCUCGCAGGUUCAACUUUGACAGUAUUGGCAAUGCGAUGCUCGCACUUUUCGAAGUGCUUUCGUUCAAGGGAUGGCUUGACAUUCGUGAUGUCCUGCUACAUAGGCUUGGUCCUGUCCAUGCGAUCUACAUCCAUAUUUUCGUGUUCCUCGGGUGCAUGAUAGGACUGACGCUCUUUGUGGGCGUUGUUAUUGCAAACUACAGUGAGAACAAGGGAACAGCUUUGCUAACUGUCGAUCAGAGGAGAUGGUGUGACCUCAAGAAGAGAUUAAAGAUAGCCCAACCUUUGCACUUACCACCAAGGCCCGAUCACCACAAGUUCCGAGCCUUUAUCUACGAUAUCACCCAAAAUAUUCUCUUCAAGAGGGUAAUAGCCAUGCUAGUCAUGGCCAACAGCAGCCUUCUUUGUGUUAGCUGGAAAUCGGAUGAACCUCAUACGAUCCCGCUUGCGACAGUCUCUGCCGGAUUUACGAUUCUAUUCACUGUUGAGGUUACCAUGAAGAAUAUUGCGUUCACGCCCAGGGGAUACUGGCAAAGCAGGAGAAACCGCUAUGAUCUGUUCGUCACAUUUCUUGGCGUCAUCUGGGUGAUCAUGCACUUCAUGAUGAUGGAUGACUUCAGCAACUCAUUUGGAUUCGUUGUUGUUAUUUUGCGUUUCUUCACAAUUACCGGUAAACAUGCCACCUUGAAGAUGUUAAUGCUGACCGUGGUGGUUUCAGUCUACAAAAGCUUUUUCAUCAUCAUGGGCAUGUUCCUUCUGAUCUUGUUUUAUGCACUUACUGGAGUCAUCCUUUUUGGAAACGUCAAGUUUGGAGAACACAUUGGGAGAUUCAGGCAAGCAAACUUCAAAACAGCUCCCAAUGGCAUAGCGAUGCUCUUUCGCAUAGUCACCGGCGAAGAUUGGAACAAGAUUAUGCACGACUGCAUGGUCAGUCCGCCUUACUGCACAUUGGCAGAAAGUUACUGGGAGACAGACUGCGGAAAUUUCACAGGAAGCCUUAUCUUCUUCUGCUCGUUUUAUGUCAUUAUUACGUACAUUGUUUUGAAUUUAUUGGUUGCUAUUAUUAUGGAGAACUUCUCAUUGUUUUACUCAAACGAAGAAGAUGCUCUUCUCAGCUACGCCGACAUACGAAACUUCCAGAACACAUGGAACAUGGUUGAUACUCAACAAAGGGGUUUGAUCCCCAUACGCCGCGUAAAAUUCGUGUUAAGACUGUUGAAAGGUCGACUGGAAGUUGAUCCAGAAAAGGACCGACUGCUCUUCAAACACAUGUGUUACGAAAUGGAGCGGCUACACAACGGAGAAGAUGUUACAUUUCACGAUGUUCUCAACAUGCUGUCCUAUCGGUCGGUAGACAUUCGCAAAGCCUUACAACUAGAGGAGCUACUCGCUCGAGAAGAGCUCGAGUAUCUCAUUGAGGAAGAAGUGGCGAAACAGACCAUUAGGGAAUGGCUGGACAAGUGCCUCAGGAGGAUCAAAGCGCAACGGUUCCUGCAGAAAGAGCAGAAUAGCUUGAUCAACAGCCUCCGCGCCACGAACGAGACCCUUCUGUCGGGGGCUGAAGCAGCCCCAAACAAGCCUUCCACCUCCGAAGUUAAGGAGGAGGGAAAGGAAGAGCUCUCCUCCUCUCUCAGGCUGCGCAAGAAGGGACUCGGCGGACGCUCAGACAGUAUAUCCUCACAGUCCGCACUGUUCCAGGGAGGCAGGAAGUUCUUGAUUCCUUCGCUAUCAGAGGGCACGGCAAGGGUCGACAAAGAUCGAUUUCAGAUCAAGAAAUGGACAACGAGGCCUGCCGUGUCCUUCGCAGGCGCAAAGGGCCUACCUAACGUGACCGAGGGCAGCGAACUGUCAUCCCCGACGCCAGACGAAGAGGAGAACGGGAACAGCUACAAAAUGCUCAAGAUGUCUUCUCUAGUCAGCGAGGUUCACGACUGGUGGGGUUCCCAGAUCGACGUCUCCAGCGGAUCAGAGUCCGAGAGCUAACUGGGACAGGCCAACGACAAUGUUACCGCGCAGAGGGGCGCGGUCGAAAUGUGGUUCGAAAACGUUCUCGGAACUGCUACCGGAACAACAGCGAAGGACUGUACACGUGGUGAUCUAUUCGGCUUUAAAGUGCCACUACAAAAUUGAAAAAGAAAAAUAUUUGAAAUACUGAAGACGCAAAAGUUCACAGUUUCGGAUUCUCCAAGAGUACGUGAGGUCACGGGAGCCCUGGCGUCUUGUGUCCUAGCAACAGCGCCCACGCCCCUUCCCGGUCUCCACUCUCUGCACCACGUUGGAAGACCUUUAGCAGUCGCGGUGAGGUGGCGGAAAUUCGACCUUCGAGGAGCAAUGUUGCCAGACGCGUUGACAGCCCGUAACGCCUUCUAAAAAUCAAUCACUAGAAACUAAUCUAAAUGUACACCUCCGCGAUACGCGGAGAAACAAUAUUACAUACAAGAGAACGACCCGUGGACUGAUGAACUAAAUUCGGCGAGAGUCUGAAGGCACGGGUUUUCGUGCGUAGUGGCACUCGAGUUUCCGGUUCGGUUUCAAAACGCUUUCAAAACACAUUCCAUCGUGCCCUUCACAAAAUCGUGUCGCAAUCUCUUUAUUGCCUUACGGAAAUAUUUUUUCAGGGCGCAGCCGCCUUGUAGAGCGGCAACCGAUAACAGAAAUGUGUUUAUAUGGACGUGCUGACACAAGAGGUUCCUGAGCACCAUUCCUUUUUGCGAAACUUCAGUUUCUGUGAAACAUGAUUGGAACGUUUGCGCUUUGGUUUGGGUGUGCGAGAGAAAAUCGCAUAGAUUUUUCAAGACGCCGUCAAAUCUUUUACGCUUAAGGGGAUGGAUAAGGAACAGAAAUACAGUAAACCUUCGUUAUAACGAAUUCAGCAGGGCCGGAAGAAAAUUCGAUACAAGCUCCAAUUCGACAAAGGCGAAUGCGGCUCAAAAACGCUUACAGUAACAUCGGAGGUGCGCGGAAACACCGCGGUGCACUUUUUGGUGAAGACUGACAGCCAAUUUCUUUGCAAGAGAGAGAGAGAGAGAGAAGGGGUGAGUCGGUUGAUAGGACACUUCGAAUAGUCAGGUCCGAAACGCCUGCAUUCCGGUCGAUACAGCGUAGAGACUUCGAAUAAAGCGAUAAUUCGAAAAAAAAAAGUGCUUUCGUCAUAACGAGGGUUUACUGUAUUAAAAGAAGAAUGAAACAAAUUGCAAAUAAAUAAGGGACCGACCGUAUUCCAGAAAGUUUAUUUUCUCCGUAACAUUUUCUUUCUUUGCCUUUAUCGUCCAAGUGAUCUUUCGACAAUGCACUAGAGACAAGCCUGUUCUUCAAACUGAUGAUUGCCGGUUGAUAAUAUGAUUCACAAACAUGUGCCAACACAAAUACUGACAGCUGCAAUUUCGAAUACAUUUACUGAAGGAGCGUUAUACCGGUAACAAGAUAAAAAAAUCUGCGACACUUCUUAAAUUGUGUAUGAAAUACGCCAUAUUUACUAAUAUGGCUAAUUGAAGAAAAAAAUCGACAUUACAAAUCGUUAGGACCCCAUAAUAGGCAAGAAAAAGAAAAUAACGACAAUGUGGUAUAGCUGCAGCGUUGGUGACUGUAACGCAACCAAAGCAUUUGUAACCUGGAUGGCUCAAAUCGUACUCUUUAAUCUCUCACAGUUCAUGGGUAAUAUUGCAACAAAAUAGGUGUUAGACCUUUUUAUCCGAUAUAACGUGCCGUUAACAUUUCUCGCUAACAGUGUUCCAUUCACUGUCUCUUCGUAUUCCCUUUCUCAUCGCUAUAAUGACAGCACAUAGUUAUGUGUGUUCCUCUAGGCAUGUAUGCGUAGCGCAUAGUGCUAUUCAUAGCAGAAGCGUAGAACAGAGUCUUGACGUCAGAAGUCUUUCAAAGCAAUUUCCAUCCCCUUGGACGUUUUUCAAUGGAGCAUUUUAUAGGUCUUUAUAGCACUAACAAAUUGUGUUGCACAGAUAAGCAUGGUAAACACGUUCCGAUAUUCUUCGUCGAAAAAGGCUGAGUGAUUGACAAGAGGUUGGCAACCGCGUAUAACGAUGGAGACCCUGCGGUUUACAUCGUUAGUUUACAUAGACCCGCGCCUUGAUUGUAACAACGCCACCUAGAGUAAAAGAAUGAUUGGUUAAACGACGUGACGUAGUCACUAAGAGUUCGCAAAUCACGACGCGCUUUCGGCAACCGUUGCUAUGGAGACCGGCAGCCAUCAGCCGCAUGUGCAACCACUGCACCACUGUUAGCCAAAGAAAGCCCGCGUUUGACAUCGUCUGCUGUGAUUGGCUGAGGCAGACGACGUCGCGGCGUUAUCCGUGUAUACACGCGAGCGACAUACCCGUGGAAUAUUGAAGUGGAAGGAAAAUCAAGACGCCGCUGAUGGGCUGGAAGUUCCGCCGUGUCAUAUGUUUUGCCUUCGCACAGCGCCGAAAUAUCGGGAGCGGUGUUCUGCAGAACUUAUAGCAGACGACACCGUCGGCCCUGUCGUAUGUUACCGAAUAUCUUGCGGCUGAGCGGCAAGUUACUCCCCAUGGCUAUAGAAGAGCACGAAAGGACACGAUAUUGAGCUCUCGCGCACGCGUGGCAGCAGAAAGCUAUGGCGUUUUGCGCAUCUUCCGCUGGAGUACUCUGGGAAAUGUCGGUCGCGUGAACACACGCAACACCACCUAGAUAGAGAAAGCCUGCGUACUCGUCGACGUGACGUAACAACUAAGCGUCAGCCAAUCAGGAUCGUGUUUGCAAUGGCGGUAGCCAAUCACGAACGUGCUUUCAGCGGUUGUGGCCAUGAAGACGAACCACCGUCGUCUGCGAGUAGUAAUUGAACGUCCCCGUAUACUAAAUGGGAAAAAUUUGAAAUAAAGCGCAAAAUGGUCCCAUAUCUUCCUCAAAACUGAUUUUGUGGAAAGGGUGUUGCACUUAGUGUCUUCAUAUUAAGGUCCGCAGGUUCCAAGUUAGUCGCAAUCAUUUGAGAGUUCCCGAAUUCGCAGAACGGCGAAUCGCAGUAGCAGACGAAUUCUGACUUUAUAUGGCCACGUAGCGAAGAAGGGAGAGGAGGCAAUAAGCAGACUUUCUGUGUCUAGGUGGCGUUGGUUCUAGCCAAACGUUUCAAGCAGUAUAUUUACGCGGAAAAAAAAUUAAAUUCAGAAUAAUAGCGGUGCAAAUGGUUUUGUUGUUUGUAAUUCAGUGGUGACUUGGUGGACGCGUGUCCCUCCAUUCUGUAGCGUACCUUCCGUUACUGUUGAAGGCGUGAUAUGUUAUCGACCGAUUGUGAUGCUGUUUUUUAUAUGAGCGAAUGAUGUUAUAGAAUCCAUCCAAAAAAAAUGGAAUAGAUAUUUUUGUUGUGCGUACGUUUUGUGGCUGUUCGAUGUAAGUGUGUUGGUUACGUGGUUUCUACCCGAAGCAAUGGCACUGGUCGUGUUUGGAAGUGGGCUUUUUGGGAAGUUUGGAUUGUUGGGCCCUUUGAUGCUACAGCGACAACAUUCUGAAUUACAAUAGCUGUAGAACUAUUAGAACUCCAUAGAGUUUUGUGAGGAGCCGAGGGGGAAUAAGCAGCUUUCGAUGUUAGACUCGUACUAUAGGCGGGUAAUGUCACAUUUACAGUAGAGAAGGCUGGAUACGCUGUCAGAAGACUAGUUCCUCCGUGCGCCCAUUAUUGCCAGCGUUCAACUGGUUGUUGUUGCACAAUAUAUCUGUUUCCGCAUCCAUCCAAAUAAUAACCGUCUGUUUGUUAACGCAUAGCUUACAAGCAUCAAAACAAUCACCUGGAGCGGAAAAAUUGAAGUUUCUGAGAAGGGGACUUUAAUUUUUAUUUUGUGUCACACUGCAGCAUGAUCUUGAAACUGUAACGUGGUACGCAUGUUUUAAGUUUUUCUUCCGCAUUGUUAUUGCAAUUGCAAGAUUAUUAUGCUGAAUUAUCUCGCUCCUCGCUUCUCGCCAGACUGCUUUAUUUAUUUUGUACUUCAGCGUUCUGUCCUGGGGAGAAAGAGCUGACCAGGUUGAUUAGAGUGAAAUGUACUAGGUCGAUCUUAUGCAGAAACACAAAAUAAAGGUAUUUAUCAUA